AUGUCUGUAUACUAUUUAUUUAAUGCGGAGAUUACGUUUCUAUGUGAUGAUAAUAUAAAAAAUCAUAGAGCAAUGGACGGGAAUGGGAAUGGGAAUGGAAAUGGGAAAUCCUUGGAAAGAAUGGUGUCAUUGAAGGCUCUGCAAAUGGGGAAUUCAUUGUCAUGCCAAAUAUGUGUGAUUGGAUUUCUGUGUGGAGUAUGCCUCACUUCUCUCUUUCUUGCUGCCCUCACUUCCUUCGACUUUGCAUCUGCCCCCAAUUCCACUUCCACCUCCUAUUUUCUCAAUGCAUUUACGGGUCGAGAAAGUGAUUUUAAACCACAAGCCGUAGAAAAAAUGUUGAUAUCACAAAACAUUAUUGCGGUCCGAGUCAACGACCCAGUCAACUCAAUCUACUCGGCUUGGAGUGCAAUAUUGAACAAGUCAAACACUGGUGAGGAUCUCUUCUCACAAAAUACAGCAACCGAUGGAUCUAAGGUGCAUAGACCUCCUCAUUUGGAGAAUUGUAAGUCCAGUAGUGAAGUGAAUCGACUUCUCGAUAAGCAUACUGAAAAUGGGGAAUUACCACCAUGGAUAAUGUGGAAAGGUUUCUUGAGUAACUAUCCUUUAUCAACAAAAGAUGAGCAACAAGGGUACAAUGGUCAUCAAAUCAACUCCAAAGGUGCUUACCCUCCAUGGAUCAAAGGAUCAGACGAGGACAAUUAUCCACUAACAAGGGAAGUGCAACGCGAUAUAUGGGUGCACCAACAUCCAGUGAAUUGUAGCGAUCCAAAUGUGAGGUUUCUUGUUUCUGAUUGGGAGAGAAUACCAGGAUUUGGUAUGGGAGCCCAGUUUGCUGGGAUGUGUGGGCUUCUUGCAAUCGCCAUUAAUGAGAAAAGGGUCCUUGUCACAAACUACUAUAACCGAGCCGAUCAUGAUGGUUGUAAAGGUGCAUCAAGGUCGAGUUGGUCAUGCUACUUUUUCCCGGAGACAUCACAAGAGUGUAGGGAUCGAGCUUUUGAACUCAUGAACGUGAAAGAAGCAUGGGAGAAGGGAAUUAUUACUGUAAAAGAAAACUACACAACAAAGCAGAUAUGGACCGCUCCAAUCCCACGAGUAUGGGGUAGUCCUUGGAGUUACAUGCAGCCAACAACAGAAAUAAACGGGAAACUAAUCGGCUACCAUCGGAAAAUGGACUGGAGAUGGUGGCGAGCACAGGCUUUGCGUUACCUUAUGAGGUUCCAAACGGAGUACACAUGUGGUUUACUAAAUGUAGCACGUCACUCUGCAUUCGGAUGGGAAGCUGCGGAGUUGGUUCAUUCAGCACACGUUUCAGAAUCCAUCCAGGAUGGGAUGAAAGGUUCUAGAUCUGGAAUUGAAGAAUACGUAUGGUCAAACCACGAGCCAUGGACACCGAGGCCAUUGUUGAGCGUGCACGUGAGGAUGGGGGACAAAGCGUGUGAAAUGAAGGUGGUUCAGUUUGAAGAAUACAUGCGUCUUGCUAACCGGAUCAGACAUCGGUUUCCUGAUUUGAACCGGAUUUGGCUUUCAAGUGAGAUGAAGGAAGUGAUUGAUAAGACAAAAAUGUAUGGAAAUUGGAAGUUUUACUACUCGAAUAAUGUGAGACGUCAAGUGGGAAACAUGACAAUGGCAGUAUAUGAAGCAAGCCUGGGUCGAGAAACCAGCACAAAUUAUCCACUUGUUAACUUUUUAAUGGCUACUGAAGCUGAUUACUUCAUUGGAGCUUUGGGUUCCACAUGGUGUUUUCUCAUAGAUGGAAUGAGAAACACGGGUGGAAAGGUAAUGGCUGGGUAUUUGAGCGUUAACAAGGAUCGGUUUUGGUGAUAUUCGAUAGUUUAGGGUUAGAAUUUGUACAAGUUGUAUCUUUUGGUCUCCACUUGUGACUUGUGUAUAAAUUAAAUAAGAAUGUCUAAAGGGUAGAGAGCACGAAUUAACAAACAUUCUGUUAAUAUGCCCCUCAAAGAUUAAACGUUGAUAUUAAAAUAAAUUAAC